AUGAGGUGCCCUUCACAUACCUAUUCAGUUCAUCCUUUUAUUGUCUUCGAAAAUUCGUUGUUUUGGUUUAUGCCGAGGUUUGCGAGCAGUCCCACCCAUUCUCUACUCUUCGUAUCAACGCCAUUCUAUCCUCCCCAUCUUGGCGUUCUCAUCUUUGUUACACUCCUUAUCUCGAAGCAAGAGCUCGAGUUUGCUGGAUACGCCGCCAGAGACAUCACAUCUGGAGUGUUCUAUGUCUUUAUGGAUUAUUCGCCCCGGGUGGCAUCCUGGAUUCCUGGAGAUAUAUGCCCCCUCUUCCUCAAAAUCUCGACGGAUUCGGCAAUAUACCGUAUACGAGUGUGGGCAUCUCCUAACGAGCCCAGAAAACUAGAGGACUGCUACGAGUCUUUGAGAGCACCUCACCUUCCCGGCCAUGUGCAGGGAAUUAGAGCCUCUCUGUUUCCUAUUGAUAUCAGUCAUCUUCUAGGUAGAAAACUUUUGUGGGAGCUCAUGCCUUCCGUUUCCGCGACGGCGAAGAAGUCAAACGUAGUUUCUACCUCGUUCCAAGUAUAUGGGACCGUGGUUGGAACACGUCAUUGGGGCCUUUAUUCCACCCGCUGGGAGCCGAUGACAAGCAAGGGGCUUGUCUAA